UGGCCUUCUCUGAGUCUAGCUCUGUUCUCUCCUUAUGAUCUCUUUUCUCGACCAGAAUCCUCCUUGCGCUGCAACGUACAUCGCCUAGGUUUGAUGCAGUGUCCACAUUCGAUAUCUCCACAGCCACAAGUACGCCAUGAUGUCUACAUCCACGCACCAUCGAGCGGAUUCCCGAACGUCGAGCACUCCAAAUGCAACUGGGAAUGACAUCUCUGAGAUUGGUCCUGCCGCACAAUUGCAUUUGCUCCGGGCUCUGGUUGAUGUCAAGGUGGCCCGGAGUGACUUUUCCCCAGACGACAUCUCACACCUUCACAUGAACGCUGUCACUACAGAUUUGUUCUGGAGCACUUCGGAUCCUGACCCAUGCAGUUGUCUACUGGAGGCUCUCGGCACAUUCCUCACUCAGGUGAUGGGAGUGUUGUCUCAAAUCUCUGUUUCUUUGACCAACGGCCCGCACAUUUCCGAUUACAUCGAAAGCUAUAUAAAAAGUGUCUCCAGAGAGGAUGAUUUCUCAGACACAUCAGUCGUGACUUUCCUCGACCAAAAGCUACGCCUAUUGCAAAAUCUUUCGACUGAGCUUGGUAGGGUCAGCAAUACCUGUGAAGAGAUCUGGUCCGGCAGGCCAUUGCAUCAACCUGGUUGGAAAUUACCUUCUCGCGCGCAAUUACAUGCUCAACCUGCCACACCCGCAGGUUCAUAUUUCACCCCUGGUUACCAACCUUUAAAUCAGGGGGCCAUGCCUGAUAUCUACGCCCCCACCUAUGCUGGGAGGCCAGCAACUCAGAGUGACUCGAAGACUUUGUUGUCUAGAGGGAAGGGAAAGCACAUCUGCCAUUUCGGUCAUAAUUGCGACAAAGGUGGCGUCCGAGACGACGGGUCGCUAGUGGUGUUUGAGCGCAACUCGGCGUUCAGAACCCACAUGGCGAAACACGAGAGGAAAUACAAGUGUGAUCUCCCAGGGUGCACUAAUACGACAGGAUUCGCGAGACCUGAUCAGCUCGAGCGUCAUCAACAGACUGUGAGACACCAUUCAACGAGAUAGCCGCCUUGGGGUGAGAGGCUUGUGUGAAUGCCCGGAGUGCUGCACUAGAGGGACUUGUACAGAAGAGAUGACUUUGGGCCGUCCAGUAUGAGCAAGGCUGAGAGCACAGGGCUCUGUUGGAUGUGGGUUGCCAGACACAAGUGAUAGUAAAAAAAUCAGAGCGAUUAGCGACGAUCAACAUGUUUUCCCCCGCCGUAUCAACGCC